AAUUCUUAUUUCCUUCUUCCGAUUUUCUUCUCCCGAUUGCUUGUGUCCGAACCGCCAACUCCCUCUCACGAUCUCCUUCCAUCGCCUCUCGCCGUCGCCGGCGACCACCGAGCCCCAACGCCAAUAGCUGUGAGGUUGAUUACCACAGCUAGCCGCCGACGAUCUCUGCCACCGCCCUUCGAUGUCAUCCCGUGCCCUAGCCAUCUCCUCCACUGCCGCUCUCCCUCUCGCCAUUGCCCAAUGCCGCCGAUAGCCCUGAUCUCUCAUUUCUCCACCCGAUCGCGUCACCCUCUUCACUAGGACAACUAAGCAGCAACCAGUGUCGCACUCAUCCGGGGCAGCCACCACUCUUCUCCUCGAUUGGUUGCUGUCGUCGCAGGAUUUCAGUCGCUGGUUAUCGUCCAGAGGCUGCCUAAUAUCUGCUUCUACGACUCUUUGGCCACAAGAUCCAGUGUCGGAUCUCUCCUCUCCAUCCGACGAGAAGCCGAACACUAGCCGGGCACCACGCUAUGGUCUCUACUAUUCCGACAAGACCAAGGGUUUGAUUGAAGGUUUCCUUGUCUCUGCUGAGCUUCUGUGAGAUAAGAUGGCACUGCUUGCCAUGAGAAGGUUAAGAAGAUGGGCGCCAUGUUACCCCAGAAAUUUGGCUUUCUCCCACACACAAAAAUCAAAUUAUGUGGAUGUGACAAUGAAAUGGAAGAAGGACCCUUUCUUCGACACUGUUGACAUUCUGAUCAGGGUCAAGGAGCUCAAAGCCCUCAUCUCCCUCAAAAACAUAAUUGCUAACGAGCCCACUGGCUGCAUCCCAGUGUCCACCGUCUCCAAGCUUGACCGCAUUCUGGAGAUCUCUGGUCGGGUUGCAAGCUUUCUUAGGAAAUACCCGGCUGUCUUUGAGGAAUUCACUGGCCCACAGUACAACCAUCCAUGGUUCAAGCUGACCCAAGAUGCUGCUGACCUUGAUAGAAAGGAGCGUGAACUCUAUGCUGUGCACCGGUUAGGGAUCGUUGAUAGAUUGAGGAGACUCAUUUUGAUGUCGAGGGAGAAGAGACUGCCUCUGAGGAUUGUACAAGGGAUGCUAUGGUACCUUGGAUUACCUGAAGAUUAUCUUAAAAGUUCAGAAGAGAUCCAAAAUGGGUACUUUCAGAUUGUCAGAAUGCAAGACGGCGAACAAGGUUUGAGUGCAUCGAUUGGUCCCAAUGAGGAGGUUAUUUCGGUGCUCCAACUCAAUGCAAUGAAAUUGAAUGGAAAUAUUGGUUCACCACCAUCAGUCAUUAAGUUCCCUCUUUUCCCAUCUAAAGGUCUUUGCUUGAAGCAGAAGAUUGAGAUGUGGUUGGAGGAAUUUCAGAAACUCCAAUAUGUCUCCCCAUAUGAAGAAUUUUCUACCUUGGAUCCAAACAGUGAUAUUUCAGAGAAGCGCGUAAUUGGAGUUCUUCAUGAGUUACUCUGUCUGUUUGUUGAUAACUCUGCUGAGAGGCGGAAACUUCUUUGUCUCAAAAAGCAUCUAGGAUUACCUCAAAAGUUUCACAAGGCAUUCGAGCGCCAUCCCCAUGUCUUUUACCUCCUCUUAAAGAACAAGAGUUGCUUUGUUGUCCUUAAAGAAGCAUAUUGUGCUAACUCAGCCACUGUAAUAGAAAGACACCCGCUUUUCAACGUGAGGAAUGAGUAUGUUAGGCUGAUGCAUAAGUCUGAGAAUAUUCUGCGAAGCCGGAGGGGUCUAAAAGUUUGUGAUGAAACUUCACAUGGAAAACAUGAUGAAAGUCUAAGUUUAUCAAAUACUAAGCUCUGCUGCGCUGAAAGUGAGAAGAUAUCUGAUCUGUUCGAAAGAGGGAUCCAGAAUAGUAAGCUGGUUAUUUAACACAUGAUCCAUGCGUAGUUGAAGGAAAGAAGCCUGGCAAAGCUAAAGCAAGGAUGAGCUUUCAAUGGGUUAAAUGGUAGAAGGGCCAUGGAGAAAUCAGCAGUAGCAGUACUGGAGGCCUUCACCAUCCUUGGCUUAAAUUUGAUGAAGGAAGAACCUACUGAUAUGCCAUUAUAAUUAAUUGACAUCCUCCCGACUGCUCAUUGCUCCACCAUUUAUUAGUUAUCUGUAGCUGCUGGAGUGCUUAAUUAUCAUGUUCUAGGUGAAGAAUAGUUGCAUAUUAAUUAACAUCCACUGAAUGAUGUUAUUCUUACUUAGCCUAAUUAUGAAAUGAUAAAUUUAAGUAAUCAUGUAGUUCUUGAAUAUGGUAACUGAGAUAUUAUAGUAUGUGGGCUGUUGUGCUAUGACCAUUUCUUCUCCUUAAUUCGUUGCUGCAUGCAAGGGAGUACAGGGGGAAUUGUUGUAGUUAAAUCUGAUCAUUUUCAAGGUUGUGUUCUUAUCUGUUAAUUAAUGUUUUGUAAGUAGUAGCUAGCCGCCGGCUAGUUGAUGACAUGCGUGCGUGAUCUUGGAGAAGUUUGCUCUGACUUGUUAAUUAAUUAGACUUAAAGUUGUUUGUGUUGA